AAACAAACGAUUCCUGGGAUCAAAUAUAAAUGCAUUUUGUUUCAUAAACAUUAUUUUCAAACGUCUACAACCAUAAUGGAUUUUGGUAAGUUGCAGUUACAUAACAAAAAUCAUCAUGAUACAAAUCUAAAUUCCUUCUCAUAUCUUCCUGCCAAAUAGAUUUAACCUAAAGACAUUCCUUAAGUGUACGAAGAGCCAGUGAGGAGUCUGUUUUUCUGACAAACUGUCAAACUGUCAGUCUGGACUCAGUUUGUCCUUGUUCAGGCAACCGUCAACAGUCACAUACACACUCCUUAAAUUAGUAACAUCUACUCGCUCUCUCUCGGUCACACACACACACACACACACACACACACACACACACACACACACACACACACACACACACGCACACACACACACACAAUGACACGGUGUGGUCAUUUACUACUUCCCGUAGCUCUGUGACAACAACGUCCCGUGUUCGGGAUUGUUGGGAGGUGGCAGUCUGUUUCUGGCAGUGUAUGGAUGCCACUGUGUCAUAUGAAUGUCUGGAUGCCCCACUUCUGCGAGAGAACCCUUUAAAGGGAGCCGUUUCCGACAGCUUGCGUUAUCAGGAAAAGGUGUCAGGAAUUCAAGUCCAAUUCCUGGCAUACCCUAAUGGACUGUAUAAAAGAGCAGAGCUUGGUCCUGUGGGCUCCAGCAUCCACAAGCUAUUCAGCAAAGAAUCCCAUAAAGAUUCCAUCCCUACUCCAGAAAUUAAAAAAAAAAAAAAAAACGAAAAAGAAAUAUGUCACUUUCUUCCUGUGUUGCCUGCGGCCUUCUCCUCCUCUUGAAACUUCAGCUAUUCAGCACAUAUCCUGUUAGCACCAGCCUGACCUCCAGUGACAUGGACAUCUUCAGGGUGCUCCUGAACACACUCAAGGAGUCGCUUCCGGAGCAGACUGAGAUGCAACAGAGGCUCUCUGCAGAGAAGGACAACACUUUUGAUGACCUGAACAGAGACACUGAUGCACAGCAGCCACAGGACGCUUUGGAUGAAGCUUCAGUCCGAGAGUUUCUCUCAGCCAAAAAUCUGAAGAGCUUGCGGAGUGACUCCACCAGAAGGUCUUCUAACUGCUUUGGUCGUCGUAUGGACCGAAUAGGGUCCAUGAGCUCCCUAGGCUGCAACAGUGUUGGCAAAUACAAUCCAAAAUGAGGAUCAAGUCUUACCAUCAAGGACCUUGUGGAACUGCAAUUUCACUCCCAAACGUUAUCUAGUACUCACUUGAUAUUUAUUAUACCAAUAUUUAAAGUCGGUUGUUUGUGCAUUACAUGUUUAUUUAUUUUAAUGUAUGCAAAACUUAAGUUCAUGCUCUGAAUGUUUCAAUAAAUGUUUACAACGGCAGCUGACUAGAGUACAACCACUCAUGAUUGACAGCAAGUACAUUGUCGACCAAGCAACACAAAAUUUUCAACCAACUUCCUCUAUGACAAAAAAAACACAAGAAAAUAACAAAUAUACUGUGGCCAUAUCAGCUGUACAAGAUAUAGCUAAUAUCAUAAUUUUAUCAUGGGAAUAAACUGUUAGUUCCCUGUCACUUAUAGUCACUUGUUGCGUUUCAUUAAUUAUGCACCAAUUGUCUACCAUAAUGUGGCUAAAAAGCACAAACCCCAUUCUGGGCAAUAAUUGAGAAUGUGGCCAUUAAUUUCUUUAAUUAAAGCAUAAAGGAGUUAUUUUCAGCACCAUGGAGAGCACACACAGCAGCCCAUGUGGAUUCGAGAUUCAAGUCAGACUGAAGACAACAGAGAAAUUGGUGCGAAUCUUUGGUUCCUACACAUGGAAAGAAAUCCUUUUUUUCUGCCAAUGGUUGUUCUGUUGUAGAAUUCAGAGAAUUCACAAAGGACCUUUAUCGGCCAGCAUCACUCCUGUGAUCCAAAAGUUGCAUUGUGUUGGCUUACAUAUAGUGGUAAUUUCUAAUGGGAAACCCUUGUGGAGCAAUGCCAGCGUGGUUGUGAUCCAGGUACACUGGUCAACAGCGAAUUUUAAUUCGAGAUGGCUUUAUAUGUCAACAAGUGUAUUUUUGACUCUGAUUAAAAAAGAAAAAGUCUAUUUUGUUCUAGCAGGUCUGGU